AUGUCCACCUUUUCCCGCACGCUCACAUCCUGUCUCUUUCUGGUAACCAUCGUCAGCUUGAUGCUGGCCGUCGGCGCCCAGGAGACAGUCUACAUCACAACCAAGACUACUGUGGAAGCAGUGAAAACCGUCUAUGCGACACCCACUGUCCCAACCCCAGCAUCUUAUACCUCAGUCGAUAAUUUCAAGGAUACGGUGUUGAAGGUCACCAACGAGUAUCGCCGUACACACGAUGCUUCUCCUUUAGCUUGGAAUAAAACAUUAACGGGAUAUGCCCAAAAAUGGGCAGAGAGUUGUAUUUGGAAACAUUCUGACGGACCGUACGGCGAGAAUCUUGCUUUCGGAUAUCCGAACGCAUCUGCGGCCGUGGAGGCAUGGGGUAACGAGCGCGACAUGUACAAUUUCGAUAAGCCGACCGGUUUCACAGAAGCUACGGGCCAUUUUACGCAGCUUGUGUGGAGAACUACGACCGAGGUGGGAUGUGCCGCUAUCAACUGCGGCUUAUCCCGCAAUAAAGAUGGAAAGCGAGACAAUAUCGAGGAUGAUAAAGACAUUGAACGUGGCGAGAGCUAUCUCAUUGCUAGAGAGCCAGACGGCAGUACACGAGCUCAGGGGUGGUACGUCGUGUGCGAAUAUUCACCGGCAGGCAACGUAGUCGGGAUGCACGACAAGUACUUCAAGCUGAAUGUGAAGGAGGGUAGCUCAUCGCAAACAAGUUCGGCAACGACCACUGCCUCCACGAGUCAGCCGACUGGAGGUGCGUCUAUGAAGUUAGCGACAGAGUCACAACUUUGCUUGGCGAUAUUGUCGCUAGUUACAGUGGCUGUUGGUAUGAACUUAUAUACAUGA